GAAGAAGAGCUGGCACCCCCAGACACUGCGCAAUGUGGAGAAAGUGUGGAAAGCCGAGCAGAAACAUGAGGCUGAGCGGAAGAAGAUUGAGGAGCUGCAGCGGGAGCUGCAGGAGGAGCGAGCGCGGGAGGAGAUGCAGCGAUACGCUGAGGACAUGGGCACCGUCAGGAAAAGAGAAGAAAAGUUGGAGUGGAUGUACCAGGGUCCUGGAGGCAUGGUGAACAGAGAGGAAUAUCUUAUGGGUCGCCCUGUGGACAAGUACAUCUUUGAGAAGACAGAAGACAAGGACGCGGGCUGUUCCAACGAGACAGGACUUCUCCCAGGCUCCAUUUUUGCCAAGACAGGGGCCAAUUCUGUCUUGGACAUGGCGAACAAAAUCCGAGAGGAUCCACUUUUCAUGAUAAGAAAGAGGGAGGAGGAAAAGAAGAGAGAAGUUUUGAAUAAUCCUGUUAAAAUGAAGAAAAUCAAAGAAUUGCUGCAAAACAGUUUAGAUAAAAAAGAGAAAAAGAAGAAGAAAGAGAAGAAGAAGAAGCACAAGAAACAUCGGCGUCGCAGUUCUAGCAGUGAAAGUGACAGCAGUGAUGAGGAGCGAAGCAAAAAUAAGUCUCAGAAGAGGACAAACAGUUCCUCCUGGAAACCUGCUCCUGCCAAAGUCCCAGGAUAUGGCUUACAAGUUAGGGACUCUGACCACAGGUCUCGGAGCUCUCCAGCUGCCGGCCAGGAGAGGGCCCCCCACAAGCACCGGGAUCGCUCCAGGUCCAGGAGCCAGUCCCGCUCUCCUCAGAGACGCUCUAGCAAGAAGAAUUCGGAACAGUCUGGAUGCAGGGGGUCACGGUCUCCUUCUAGGCACAGCAAACAACAUAGCAAGGAGGAGAAAGGGAGAGCUAGAAGCCCUUCCCCUAAAAAGAGCUAUCGGCGACAGCAUGCUCCGGGUUACACAAGAAAGAUCUCUCCAGAGGAGCUAGAGCGUAAACGCCAGGAAAUGAUGGAAAAUGCCAAGUGGCGGGAAGAGGAGAGAGCAAACAACCUCAGGAAACACCGAAAGGAGGAGGAGCUGGAGCGAGAGCUGGAGAAACUCCACUCCCGAGAUGAGAAGUUCUUCCAUCGCUUAAAACUAGAGAGUGCAUCUACUUCCACCCUAGAAGAUCGAGUGAAACGCAAUAUCCAUUCCCUUCAGAGAACUCCCGCUGCCUUGGAAAAAAACUUUAUGCAGAGAUGAAACUUGGUUCUUCCUCUGCGCCCAUGCGGAAGUUAAAUGGACGCUUAUUCCCAAAGGUGAGAGACCUCCAGCACAGACUCACUGCUCUCUCCAGGAACAGUUACCAUCUCCCAAAGAGGUGCUGGAUUUCUGUGCUGCAGCCCACGGCAUGUUCUGGACUUCUGGUAUUGUGAAUACAUUUGUAAUGAGUAUGACCUUGCAAGCAAACCUUUGCUGGAGCACUCGUGAGCCCUUGUAUUCUAUUUUUAACGUAUUGCCAGAUCUUUUCCUUCUCUCUCCACCUUGACUGGUAUCAUUUUUGUAUAUUGUUAUUACCAGAUUAUGCCAGGUGGUAACUGCUUUCUACACUGGGCAGAUUGUCCAAGUUUAUUUGACAGAGCAAAAAAGAUCUAUUUUUGUUAGUCCU